GGGGACUUGUCCGUUGUCAUUCGAUAAAGCUGAAGUGCAAGAUUCUCACGUCUCGAAUUCUCAUUACUAUUUCUGCAAAUGAAGUAGUGACAUAAAUAUGCGAGUACUCAUAAGUUUUAUCGUACUGAUAGCUCUUGGUGGUGUGAAUAGUGAAGAAAAAUGGUGGUCGACACUGUCUCUUUAUCAAAUUUAUCCCCGGAGUUUUAAGGACAGUAACGGGGAUGGAGUCGGGGAUAUAAAAGGAAUUAUUGAUAAUUUAGAGCACUUGGUAGACUCAAAAGUAAAUGCAUUCUGGAUGUCACCCGUUUAUCCUAGCCCUGGAGUGGACAUGGGCUACGAUAUUUCCAACUUCGUCGACAUCGAUCCGUUGUUCGGUUCAUUAACGGACUUCGAUAAUUUACUGGAGAAAGCCCACGGAUUGGAUCUGAAAGUGCUGAUGGAUUUUGUACCGAAUCACAGCUCCGAUCAACACGAAUGGUUCCAGAAGAGUGUCAAGAAUAUUCUGCCUUACAAUAAUUAUUACAUCUGGGCGAAUGGAUCGAUCAAAGAAGAUGGGACUCGUGCACCGCCGAAUAAUUGGGUCAGUGUCUUCGGAGGUCCAGCCUGGACCUGGAAUGAUCAGAGACAAGCAUAUUAUCUGCACCAGUUCGCGCCCCAACAGCCAGACCUCAAUUACCGCUAUGAAAAUCUUCGAAGGGAAAUGGAGAAUGUACUGAGGUUUUGGCUGGACCGAGGAGUUGAUGGUUUUCGAAUCGACGCAGUAAAUCAUGUGUUCGAGAUUCAAUCCCUUCAGGAUGAACCCCUGUCAGGUGACACAAAUGAUCCGAACAAUUACGGCUAUUUAGACCAUAUCUAUACGAAAGAUCAGCCCGAGUGUUAUAAACUGGUUGGUGAAUGGCGAAAAGUUCUAGAGGAAUACAAUAAAAAUGGUGGGCAUGAACGUCUUAUGGCCAUGGAAGCGUAUACAGAUAUCAAUUUGACAAUGAGAUACUACGAGUCUGGGGCAAGUUUUCCCUUCAACUUUGGAUUUAUUCAGCGUUUGAGAAAUGAUUCUUCACCCAAUGAUUUCAAAUCUGUCAUCGACGAGUGGAUGGAGAGAAUGCCUGACGGGAGUGUAGCAAAUUGGGUGAUUGGGAAUCACGAUCAGAAACGAGUAGCCUCGCGUUACGGCGUUGAGCGAGCCCCAGGAAUUGUCGCAUUACUUCACCUUCUGCCUGGAGUACUGGUAACAUACAAUGGUGAUGAGAUUGAUAUGCCAGAUAAUUAUGUCUCCUGGGAACAGGGGAAAGAUCCACAGGGAUGCAAUGCUGGGAGACAGAGAUUUGAAGCGGCAUCACGAGAUCCCUUCAGGACUCCUUUUCUCUGGGAUGGCACGACUUCCGCUGGUUUUUCCACUAAUCCAAUUACAUGGUUACCAGUAAAUCCGGAUUACAAAACAUUAAAUCUGGAAGUGCAGAAAAAUUCUGGCGAUUCUCAAUUUAAAUUCUACCAGGCUAUCGCAGAACUCCGGGCGUGGCCUGCAGCAAAGAAUGGCGAUCUUCACACUUACGUGAUUAAUAACAAUAUCUUCGCCAUCUCUCGAGCGUUGAAGUCUCAACGAUCAAUUUAUCUUGUAUUGAACUUUGGAAAUGAAGUACUCAAUUUAGAUCUGACUGAAAAAAUAGAGAAUAUGUCAGAAGAACUAAUUAUCUAUCGUGGAACGGUUAACUCGGGACUUCCUCCUGGAUCGAAAAUUAAUCCGAAGUCGGCAGAAAUUCCAGCUCGUGGAGCUGUCAUCUACGUCGCACCGGAAAUGUCAAGAAAUUACGGAGUCGUCAUGCUGUAGUUCAAUUUAUGGCGCUAUUAUUUUUAUCCCACUGUUUCAAACAGGUGUAUUUUCAAAGAAGAAUAAAUUAACAACAUCGUUAUAA